UAGGUGGCGGUAAUGCACCGUUAGUUGGUUUGCCAACCGCCAUUAAAAACAAAAAGAAGAAGAAUAUUUUGUUUUCGGAUUUUUCGUUGUGUCUCCUGCCUUGUUUUGUUUGUUAGAUUUGUCGUUGUGUUUAUAAUGUGUUGUUUUGUUUCUGGAUUUGUUUUGUUUUCAUAUUUGUGAUUAGUUUUGCACUUCUCGGCCACCGUAGAAAACCCUUCAUGUAGCUGUAUUAACUGUCUGAUGGAGCCGAAGCACAGAGACCUUCUCCGAGCGCAGAGACUGCACCUCUGUGAGCAGCUCGUAGUGGAUGAGACGAUAGUUCAGUAUUUAUAUCAAGAGGACAUUUUAACCGAGGGCCAAGUGGAGGAAAUUCAGUCACAGAAGUCUAACAAAAAUAAGACGUUACUGCUGCUUAGUAUUCUUCCAAACCGUGGCCCCAAUGCUUUUAAUGUGUUUGUGCAAUCCCUCGAACAGGACUUUCCCUGGAUUAAAGAGAAACUGCUGCUUUUAGCCGAUGAAGAUGAGCAGGAUGGAGGAAGGGGUACAGAGCUGUCCAACACAACCGGACAUAUGCAAGCAGUCUUCCUCUGAGAAAAACAACAUGGAGAAUCCAAGAAACUCAGCCAAGACCUCAAAAAAACAACUGAAGGUACCACAAGCAUCUGUAAAAACAAUGGUAUGCAAAUAUACAAUCUUAGGACCGCACUGACAUUGCAUUAAGUAAAAAGGCACAAAUUAACUCCCAUGAAUUAAUGAAGUUUGGUCCCAAAGUUUCAACUGAACCCCAAAACAACACCAAAGGAUCUGGUGAAGGAGUUGGGGCAUCAGGUGUCACGAUUCCCCCAUGAAGCAGCGUGCUCGAAGCGCGAAUGCACGAGCACCUGCUUUUCCGCUGUUGACCGUACGGACAUUGGGACACGUGGGUUUUGUUUAUGUCUGUCAUGUCUCCUCCCUGUUCCGUCAUUGGCUGGGAAGUCACGUGUGUCCGGAUUACCCUCAGCUGUUAGCAGUUGCGAGGGUAAUCAUGUCCGCAUAUAUAACGCGCGCUUCCCAGCACACAACACGGAAGAUUAAGUAGUACGUAAUACGAAGUGAAUGUUUAGCGUUAGUGUAGUUCGUGUCAUAGUCAUAGUCAUAGUCAGUUCCCGCUGGAUAUCCGCUUCCAGUUAAUCGUCAUAGUUUGUUUCUUGUUUUGGUUAUCAACCUAGAUUCCUGCCUAGCCCUGUGUAUACCUGUUUGCCAAUCGCCUGACCUCUUGCCUGUUUAUGAAUUACGUUUUGGAUCACGUUUUGGAUUUGGCUGCCUGUCUGUCUUCAAAAUAAACACUGUUCAUCCUGCGCUUGCAUCCGCCUUAUCUCUGCUCCGUCGCGAUUUGUGACAGAAUCUUCCGCCGAAACAUGGAUGCAGCAGGAGGACUAGAGAGAAGGCACGCCACAGCAACUAGGAAAAUCGUAGGACAAUACUGCAUCGGGGAACGCUCGGAUUACUGGCCGCAUUUUUCGUCCGUGCAAUGUCCCUAAAGGUACACCAUUGAGUUGCCGCCAGAGACAGCCGGAUUGGGGAGCUACCCGCUGGAGUUUCUCUUCAGCUGCCAGGAGUAUUUCUGCAGCUUGGCGGUUCCCAAGCCUUCUAAGAGAGAGUGGAUCAGGUUCCUGGUGUCCAGGUUUUAGAGCAUUUGCUUGGUUCAUUUAUGUUGUGAUGGUUUCUGUUUUGAUCGUUUCAAUGUGCCAACCUUGUUUACCAGCCGUAACAGCAAUGGAGCAUGAGACAAGGCUUAAGAGCGACUCCAAGGCUCAUUUACGGGCUGUUCGCGUGUGUUCUGAACCUGUUUUGCAUUACGCCCUUGCAUUGCACAAGCGUGUUUGAUGAAUUCCAAUGUGCUUUCUUGCUCAUCUGAAUAGAGUUCCCUCUGCAUUUCGACACAGUUUCAUAACAGGCUUCAAGUUGCACAGGUGAAACCCCGGUGUAGUUCAAGUCCAGUGUCAUUUUCUCUUGGCCAUCAGAGGAAGGGAGCAUGAGUCAAGACUGAAGAGCAUUUGAUUGGUUCAUUUAUGUUCUGAUGGUUUAUGUUGUGAUGGUUCAUGUAAUGACUUAUGAGCCAAGUCUUAAGAGCAUUCGCUUGGUUCAUUUAUGUUAUGAUGGUUUAUGUUAUUAUGGUUUAUGUAAUGACUUAUGAGCCAAGUCUUAAGAGCAUUUGCUUGGUUCAUUUAUGUUGUGAUGGUUUAUGUUUUGAUCGUUUCAAUGUGCCAACCUUGUUUACCAGCCGUAACAGCGAUGGAGCAUGAGACAAGGCUUAAGAGCGACUCCAAGGCUCAUUUACGGGCUGGUCGUGCGUGUUCUCAACCUUCCAAAGUGUCAUGGGCCUUCUCAAGCCCCGCCAUGCUUUCCUCGUUAAUAUAGUGGACAAUAUCUCCACCUGUCACGCGGAAGACCGGGGUUCGAUUCCCUGACGGGGAGUCUGUUUUGCAUUACGCCCCACUGUUUGAAUGCCACGGGGCUUGUUUGCUCAGCCGAGUGCGAUUCUGUAUGCCGUCAGCCAUAGUUUCCAUGCGACACAUAUACUCUACUUUUUUCACAUUUUUAUGCUAUUACCACACCAGAUUAGAUCACUCCGCUAAGAGACAGCUCUCCCGCUGCAUGUGGCUGUAUUACACAGGGGAGAACAAUACAUUCUUCACCACAGGCUGCACGUCGGUAUAAGUUUUGGGACACUGUGCCAUGAACAAAGCAGGCCUUGCAAGUGGAUUUAAAGUGUUGCCAAUUAAACAGUCUGUAUGUGCCACUUGCUUUAAAUAAACAGCAGGAGAUUGAGCACCAGUGACUUGACACCUACAGCCGACAACGCUACAAGCAGCGUUCAUACCUGCACCAGAAAACCCCGUUGGAUUUAGAGUACGAGGCCUUAACGUGAUUUAAGGAAACACUAGGCUUUCUACCGGAGCCGACGGACGUGUUUGUCCGUGUUAGACCCUUCUUCAGCCACAACUUUGCAGUCUCGUCUAUAUUCUCAGGUUUCCGCACGUGGUCGCCCUCUUCAGUACAUUUAUUUCACUCAAGUAAAUAGAGCCUUUACUAGUUUACAUGAACACAUUCGGACGACUUACUUUACGUGAAAGCAUUUUCCAGGAUAGAAAAUUAGUUUGCAAUCGUGUUUGAUGAAUGCCAAUGUGCUUUCUUGCUCAUCUGAAUAGAGUCCUGAAUAUAUUCCUUUAAUCCUUUAAUACCCAAACAAUAAUUAGAGUUCUGUAACAGAGAGAUAUUUCAUUUCCAAUACCCUGUAAUGUAUAAUACUUAAGUAAUGUCAGAAAUGUCUAGCUCAGAAUCUGCAUGGUCAGUUAAUGGUGCAGUAGAAACAGUACAUGAUUUAACAAAAGAUAUCAGAUUAUCAGAUAUUAAACAAAAAUCAAUACACGAUUUUUCAAAAAUCAAUACGCGAUGGAACAUAUAUCGCUAAUUAUUUUAUUAGAUGUGGUAGUGCCAUAUUUAGAAGGAAAUCUGUCAUAACAUAAAUCAGGAGCCUCAUUAAAUUCCCCACCCAAAAUUCAGGAUGUAGACAGAUAUUUUAUCUUUAAAGGGUCAUGAAACCUCCCUCUUUCAGCUCAAAUCUACCUCUCAAAUUUUUUUGAAAAAUGCAGCUUGAAUGGGCAUGGAUGGCUGUGCGAAGAAUGGAAGGGUAAGUGGGCAUAGCAGGGAAAGGCAGGAGAGGAAGAGGGGCAAGCCUUCAGAACACUCAGAGGAAAGAUGGACAGUGACAGAAGUUUGCAGAUGAGACAGCGGACUUCUCUCCUCCUGAAUCCCCAGGGCUAAAUGGAGACACAAUAGAUAGUAGUGCAGGUCCUUUGCCCUAUCUAUUUGUGAGGAAACUGUUAAUAAGAAGACACCCCCCCGGAAACUGUUAAUAAGAAGACACCCCCCCCCCCAUCCCCCAUAUUAUUUUGGCUAUUGGAAUUGACAGUAAUCAGUAAGACUGGAGGCCUGUAAUUUUGAUGUUAUAAUUAUUGAACAAUUACCGUUGAAUUAUUAGUCAUGAUGAGAGACAGAAAGAAGAUUUGGUACUUAUACCAAUAGAGGGCGCUGAAGACCAGUGGUAGGGGAAAAACACCCGCGAACUACUACAGAACUAGAACAUCACAGCCCGGGAUGUUGAGCUGCACUGUUGCAGUGUGUGUUAUGUUAUCUAUGCGAUUAAUAUGUCUUGUAAUUAAUUGCAGAACAUAAAGACAGCGAUGAGCAAAUAAAGAAGCUACAUUACCCCAAACAUGCCUUACUCGUUUUAAAGUGUGCGACAUAUUUACAUCUCGAGGUAGGCACUUGGCACAUGUUGUUGCCAGAGGUGCACCUUUAAAUGGAAUACGUGUGCUUGUAAGCAGGUUUGCAUUUCGGCCUUGCAUCUGUGUGUUCAGUUCAUUCAGAUAAUGAAAUAUAUCUGCCAGGUAUGCCAGCUUUGCACACCACUCAUCACUUGCAAACAGAUUUGAGUAUUCAGACCUCUUAUUUGUCAGAAACACUUUAAGUUCCUCCCGCAGCUCAUACACACGGGCCAGCAACUUGUCACGCUACAACCAUCGGACCUCCGUAUGGAGGAAUAAGGCUUUAUACUCCGCUCCCAUUUCCUCACACAAAGAUACUAAUAUACCUUUUUAAAAGUCGUGUCUUUACAAAGUUCACAAUGCGCACAUCAUCACAGGAACUAGUUCUGCUGGUAAAGUAUUUGCAACGAGGGCCUCACGGUGCAGAAAACAGUGUGUAACAAUAAGAUCUGGGUUUCUUUCCUUCACUCUGCUAACGAAGCCUUAGGUGUGCCCGACCAUGGCUGCAGCUUCAUCAGUGCAAACACUUCUGCAAUUUUCCCACGUAAGUCCUCCCUGGUCAAGAUUUUUAGAUGUGACCCGAAAAAUUUCCUCUCCUGUUGUUUUUUUUCUGGCAGUGCCUUACAAAAUAGGAAGUCAUCUCCAUCCACAAAACGCACAUUGGCCAAGAGCUGAGAAUGUCCACUACUAGACUCAUCAAGUUGCAAUGCAAAUUUCCCACUGAUGCGUAUCUUUUCCAAAAUAUGACUUUCGAUGUCUGUAGACAUGUCAUCAAUACAUCUGGCAAUUGUGUUAUCUGAGAGCAGGACUUUAAAUAUGUCUUUAACUGCGUCAGGGACUUGUUGACAAUGGCUUUGCAGGCAGGUAGUAUUAAUGUCUCUGCCAGAGUGUGGGACUUUUUUCAUUUAGUUACAAGUUCAGCAACCAGGUAACUAGCUUUGAGGGCUUUCUCAUUUACCUUUGUGGUUUUUCUCAUUAAAGUUGCCUGUAUCUCUGUGUUUGCACGCAGGUGAACAAAAUAGUCCAUCGGCUUGUUUUGAAGCGACGGGUGUUUCGUUUGGAGAUAGCGUUUAAGGUUGCUUGGUACCAUGGCGCUGUUGGACAGCUUCUCGCCACACACCAAGCAUAAUGGAGUUGGUGUCGUCUCAUCCCCGGUGAAAGUAAACCCGAACGAAAGAUAGCUUUCGCUGUAUUGCCUCGAGCUCACCGUCUUUGCUUUCUUUUUACCAUCACUCAUACUAGGGCCUUUACCUGGAUCACAAUCUUGUCCAGGGCCCAGUUCGGAGUUUGCAUUUUUCCUUUUUAAAAACUUCUCCAUCACAGCCACCACGACCUGUCGCAAGCGUCACUAAUUCUCUUGUCUCUAAGAAGGAACGCGGCAAUUAACUACCUGCUGCCACCAGAACGAAUAUUACAUUACUCUGCCAGUCACUAUAUUACAGCACAGACACUCGAAAAUGGCUUAUUAUUUGCAGAUAAUAAUUAAUAAAAAUGUUAAUGAAAUAAAAAUAAUUUUAAGACUAAUUAAGUGAAAUUGGAAAAUUUCUCACGCCAUACUGGACUAUCUUUCAUGGCACACUAGAAUGCCGCGGCAUAGUGGUUGAAAAUCACUGGAUUAGACAGUUUAUGUGUAAUCCAAAUUCAAUGUGGAAUUUUAUUCCUAAUUACUUCUUUUCCAAAUUAGGCGGUCUCCCUUUCCUGGUGAUCUGCAAUUAUAAUAUUGCUAGAAUCCCUUACAAUUUAUCUGAUGUUUCAUAACCAAGAGUUACUUGUAUGGUUAUAAAUCUUUAAGCACAGUCUUUUUCCCUCAUCGGUACUUUAUUUGGAACAACCAAGAUAUUGUAUAUAAGAAUAAGUCUUUGUUUUUUAGUAAUUGGUUUGAGAAGAAAAUUUUGACUGUUUCACAGUUAUUUAACUCAGAAGGUCUUAUUUUAAACUAUGAAGAAUUUUUAUGUAAAUUUAAUUUCCCAGUAACUCCCAAGGAAUUUUCCAUUGUAAUAGACGCUAUUCAUAAAGGAGUCGUUAUGCUUCUAAGGGACUCUGUUAGAUCAUCUAACACCUUACCCAUUUCUUUAGACCCAUUUGAGUUGCAAGUAAGAAAAGUGUGCUUUUUGUCACAUCCUUCAUCAUGUAAUGGAAUUAGAUCUCUCUUUCAAAAGGAGCUUGUAACAACUCCAUAUGUGGCGUCAUAUUGGAAGAAUUUGGUUGACCAUAUUCAUUGGAAAAAAGUAUGGACUCUUCCUUUGAAAUACAUAAUAACUAACAAGGUUAGAGAAAUUUCAUUCAAAUUAUUACACAAAUUUUACCUGGCUAAAGUUGUUUUUUUUAUUUUUUUUAUUAUUAUUAUUAUUUUUUUUUUUAUAAAGUUUUACAUAAGAUAUAGACACAAGUUGUUCUUUUUAGGAUGCUAUUAAUGAAACUGUUCUUCAUAUCUUCUGGGAUUGUCCUCACACACAGAUACUUUGGGUCGAAUUUUCUAGGUUUAUUAACAGCAAUGUGCUUCCGGGUUUCUCUUUGUUUUUAAAUGAUGUACUGUUUGGCUUCUGUAAUGUACAAAAAGCUCAAUUUAAUGAAUACUUUAUUAUUAAUCUAUUAUUGCCCCUUGAAAAAUGUCACAUUCACCGCAGUAAAUUCACUUAUCAAAAUUCCUUAUUCAUUGUAUGUAGAAGAGAGGUCCAACAGUACAUCCAAAAUAUUUCAUCAUCUAAGAAUCUUAAAGCUCUUAAGACAGUAAACUUGUUUUACCUUUUUAAUUUAUUUCAGCAAAGUUUUAUGUUUUUUUAUUUAUUAUGUGUGUAUGUAUGUGUGUAUAUAUAUAUAAGUAUGAAAUAUACACACGUGUAUAAAUGAUUUUCAUUAUCAUUUCAUUGUAUGUAAUUUUUUUUACAUUUUUCUAUGUAUCUGUAUUUUUGAUACCUUGGCAUUAAUACAAUUUUUUAAAAAUUAAAAAAUGAAUAAACACUAUCACUGCCUGUGACGUGUGACAGGACGAGAUUUUAAACCAGGAAAACGAAAAUAGCAGAAAAAAAUCUCUAAAUUAAACAGUUUUCUCCUACAAUUAAAAUGAGCAGAAGCUGUCUUUUAUGAUGUGCGAUACAAACACCUCUUUUAAAAUGUCAGGAAAUGUAGUUUAGUGUUUUAUGAGGCUUUAAAGAUAUUAAUUAGGAAGUUAAAUCUGUAUAGAGACAAGUAUUAAGAUUGCAACUGUUGAAGCCAUAAAUAUUAGCGAGAAUAACAAUUCGUUCACCAAGCUGGAUAACAACGAUAACCAUCUGGAUAACCAUCUGCCUUCAUUGGAACAAUGUGAUUCAAGUACAGUCUUAUUAAAGUGCUGAUUAAAUAAAAUCAUAACACCAGCAGAAUUACUGGAAACAUGACAAUAGACAAUUUUACUCCUCCAUUGAUUGGACCAAAAAGUUUCGUCUUUCAAGUUUGAAUACAGUUCUUGUGAAAAUAGACAUCUCUGCAUUUCGAUUUACAAAAAAAAAACUAAAGCUUUGCGUUUAAGUCUCGAAUUUCCCUAACAUUGAGUGAAAAACAAGUCCUAACCACACGCUAUAAACGAACUACACUGUCGCUCGACUUAAACAUCACCAAGCUUCCGACAACUUCUCCAAACUUGAUUUAAAAAUAUUUUCCAUAAUAUGGAUUUAUUCUGUGGAUGAGUCUUCAUCCAGAUUUUUGGGGGGAUUUGUGCACAGCAUAUCUGAACCAGUUUAUCUGUAAUUUAUUUCCUGUUCGGCAUGAUGACGUUAAUGUCCCUGCCAACCUCUAUAGUCCCAUUCAGCAACUUGUUAGCAACCAUCAUUUUCAACACAUGCAAAUGCUUUAAAAAAAAAUCAUGAGUGCGGUAUUAUUGGUGUAUUUUAUAUCAUAGAAUAAACCGUGAAAAUAUUUUGAGCUUGUGUUCACCACAGACCUUUUUAUUAUUAUUAUUAUUAUUAUUAUUAAACUUUCAACUUUAUUCAACUUUAAUUCAUUCAACAAAAUAAACUACACACAAUGACAUUUAACAUCAAACAGAAACAGGAGGAUACAUAUAAACGGAUCUUAUCUUGUACAGGUUAAAAUAUUAAAUUCUACAAAUAACUUUAGUACGAGCGAUGUUUUUAUAUACUUCUUAGU